CGGAGAAAUAUAUAUAGAGAGAUAGAUAGAUAGGGUAGCAACUUCACUUCACUUGGUACUGUGAAAAUGGCCACACUAAUCUCAUCUUCUUUGCACUCAAUUCGCCUCUCUUCUUCUUUACUACCUUCUUCUUCUUCUCCCUCCUUAGGCUUUUGCAGCUUUCCCUUGCGUUCUCGCACUUCAACUUUGAAGGCACAAACAAUUGAGAAACGUGUGACUAAGGCAGUGGAAGAAGAGACCCAACAACAACAACAACAAUUCAACACCGAGUCUGAACAAACAUCAACAUCGGAACAGCAACCCGUUGUAGUUCCCGUUUCCCCAUCUGAUACUCUCACUAUGUUCUUUCAGGCAGAGGGAACAGUGAAUGAAACAGCUAUUCCAGCUUUGACCAAAGCUAUAGAGGAGACGGAAGGUGUUACCAAUUUGAAGUUUCAGCUUGUUGAGGGACUUGCAAUUUUAGAGUUGAGAAAACAGACAACAGUCCAAGCUACAGGAGUGGCUUCUGGUCUGGUAGAAACCAUACAAGGUUCUGGCUUUAAAUUGCAGACAUUAAAUCUGAGUUUUGACGAUGAAGAAGUUGUAGCUGCCUAAACUGAAUGUGAUGAUGUAAUAGCAAUGUUUAAGAGAGAUUAUGCUUUCCUGACUAAAGUUUACUACAGUCAGUUUGGUUUGUAUAGGGCUGACUAAGGGUGUUUGUUACCUUAUUUGUAUUUGGAGGGUGUUGGUUAAUUAUGUUAUUAUUGUUAUUAUUAUUAUUA